GAUAAAGCUACACUGGGGGAGAAAACCUUAGUUCUUGACACUAGCCUUACAUUUCCUGGGUUCCUUUUUUAGUUUCUAUCUCCUACCAUGACAACAGCUUUCCACAGGAACUUCCACUCCUUUUAGGUUCCUUCUUCCCUCUGAGAACUCCCAGAAACCACUAUAAAAAUAGGGGUCACACCUGAGACAGAGACACAGAUCUCCGGAGUCUCCCAGCUAGGGCUCUUCUCCUCCAAGCCUUCUCUCCUCUCUGGGCCAUGAAGGUCUCUGUGGCUGCCCUCUCCAUGCUCAUGGUCAUGGCCUUCAGCUCUCUGGCAUCCUCUGCACCAAUGGGCUCCGACCCUCCCACCUCCUGCUGCUUCUCCUACGUCAGCCAACAGAUCCCCAAAAAAUUUGUGACAGACUAUUAUGAGACCAGCAGCCUGUGCUCCCAGCCAGCUGUGGUGUUCCAGACCAAAAGAGGGCGGCAGAUGUGUGCCAACCCCAGUGAUGCCUGGGUUCAGAGCUAUGUGGAAGAUCUGGAACUGAACUGAGGGGCUCAGGGGCCUUAAACAAUGCCUCUUACAGGGAAAUGGACCAAGCCAAGGAAUUCUACAGUCAGAUGCAAUCUCCCCAAGCCCCAGCCUUCUGGAGAUCGUUUCUCCCAUUAGAAAUGAUUCUUAUCUGUGAGAUUUAAUUUACGUAAAUUAUUUGGUGGCAGCUUUGGGCAUGUGUUCUUGCUGUUUGCACUUCUGGAAGAUAUGUUCCUCAUGGGAAACUCUAUUAGCAGCCUGGCCUGUCUUGCUUAGAGUGUUUGGGUCACCUGCUGCAUUCCAUGAAUAUGUGUAGCACAAGGAUUUCAGAAUAAAAUGUUUGGAAACCGUA